AUGGUUGCUGAAGUUCUUUCCCUCAUUAUUAAGAGAGAUGCCUCUACGGAGCUUAUCUCUGGAUUCAGUCCAUCCCCUCAAGGCACUAUCAUUAAUUACCUUCAGUUUGCAGAUGAUCUUAUUAUCUUUACUGAUGAUAAUACUGAACAGAUCCCAAAUUUGAAGAACAUCUUAUUUGCUUUUGAGCUCAUUUCUGGCCUUAGAGUUAAUUUCAAGAAAAGUGGAGUGGUGCCUGUGGGAGAGACUCAAAAUGCUAGAGCUUGUGUUAAUUGUUCAUGUGUUAAAUUUCCUAUUAAUAACUUGGGUAUUCCUCUGGGCAGUAAAUCAAAUGCUACUUCUAUUUGGGAAGUUAUUCUGCAGAGAUUCCAGAAAAAAAAAAUUAAGUGGAUGGCAAAGAAAAUACAUUUCUAA